ACAGUAGAAAUCUGGCACAGUCGAAGUGAACGUAAACAAUACAUGGCACGCUUCCGUGUUCACUGAAAAAGCCUAGCAAAGGUUGUCAUUGAAAUGUUCUGAAUCCUAAUCAUCAAUGUUCGAAUUGUUGCCAAUAAAACGUGCCAUUGAUUUAAAACCAUAUCAUUUGUUCGUCAUAGUAAAUUAUGUAUCAAUCAAACGACUUUCCCCCAAUACCAAAAUGCUUUAGCCAUUUGGUGGUUGUGAAUGUUUCUGAUGCCAGUGAUGGGGAACAAACUCAUAACUACAAUAACGUAAACAACAUUCGCUUAAAUUUGGAAACUAUAGCUUUACCUAGUAAUAAUAAUGACUCUAUAAGUUUGCCAUUAUCAACAAGGGAUACCAAUAAUACCCUUAAUGAUUCAAAGUCUUUGGAGGGAUCAUCAAAGUCCAAUAAAAGAGACAACCAUCUUCAGCACUAUUAUUUAACAAAGCCAAAGGGCAUGUCCUCAAUUUCAAGUUUAAAAGAAUCAUAUUCAGGCAGUUCAGGAGAAUUAAAAGACAAGACUACCACUGUUAGCAGUAGUAGAUUCGAUCCAAAAAAAUCUGGUGAUCAACAAUCAUCCCUGGACAACGAUGAAUACAAAAACCCUUAUUUAAAGUUAAAUUGCUCACUAAUGAAGUUACAAAAAGAAAUGGUAUGUUGAUGGUUAAAUUAGUUAAAGUUAAUGACAAUAUUAGUAAUGAGUAAUGAUGUCAGGAAUGUAAUGUUAUUUAUUUUUAAAAUAAAAACAUUUUUAGAUCAGUUUAAUAAUUAAAUUGAAAGAAAAAUUCUGCAAAGGAAAGGCAAAGGGCUUAAAAUAAAAGUUAUAUUUCAGGCCCCAAACUAAACAAACUUACUAGAAAAGGGGUGGGGUUAUAGUUUCUUUGAGUUCAUACUUAGGCUAAUGGGGGCAUUAACCCCAAAGUAAGUGUGGCUCAUGCUAUUUCAUGCACAAGUACCAGUAUAUUCCUAUUAUAACUUAUUAAAAAUUCAUUUUAAUUAACGCUUAAACUGAAGGAUUUGAAAUAAUUUUGAAGCAGGACUAAUGUUGAUCUCACCAAAAUCCCUUCAAUAUAAUUUAAAAAAAUUUUUAGUUUCUUUAUAUAAUUCUAUUGCUGAAUUUACUUUGAGGCCUCAUUAUCCUUACAAUUGAAAAGUAUUCUUCCUACACCCAGACAACUAAUGUCUUUAUGGUAUUUAAAAUAAUUUUAACAAAAUAACCAUUUUCAGUUUCAUUUCCAUUUGUCGUAAUAUUUUUUUCAGAAAGACCUGCGAUUUCUUGAUGUGUCCUUGUUUUGUCAACUUGUCUCCCUCCAUGAAGCCAUUCAAGAUUUGAAACUCACAAUGUCUGAUCGUUUCUCAGAAACUGGCUCAGAGUUUUCCUUAGGUUCUGCUAGUUACAUGGGCUCCAUGUCGAGCCUAAAUGAGGACAGUGAUUGGGGAGAAGAUAGUUCAAUCUUUCAGUCUCCCAAUGUCUUCGACCCACAGGAGGAUUCUGAAUUUGAUCCAACUCUAAAUGAAAAUGAGCAAAGUGCUACAAGUCUUUUAAAGCAAAUCACAGACUUGGCUCUUCGGGCAGAUGAAGAUUUUUAAUGGUACCAGUACCCCCCCCCCC